CCCCUUCUCCGAUCUCACAACCUCCGCAAGCCUCAGAUCGCCGCCGCUUCCCUACUUCGCCGCUCCAUCUCCUCUUUCAGGUUGAGAUCGACGAGUUGUAGCUGAUUUCUGAGAUACAGAAUCGCCGGGAGAUAAGAUGUUUGGUGCUUCUUCCAGCCCUUUUGGGCAGUCAUCUAACAGCCCGUUUGGGUCCCAAUCGGUGUUUGGGCAAAGCAGCAACACAAGUAACAAUCCUUUUUCUCCCCAGCCCUUUGGUAGCACCAACACAUUUGGUGCCCAAACAGGGAGUUCUUUAUUUGGUGGAACUUCAACUGGCGUAUUUGGUCAAACCCAAUCCUCGCCUUUUGGUGCUUCAUCUUCGCCAGCUUUUGGACAGCAGAGUUCUCCAUUUGGAGCAGCUUCUACUCCAGCAUUCGGUGCGUCGUCUACUCAAACAAGUCCAUUUGGUGGACCAUCCAGUACGUCUGUUUUUGGUCAGAAGCCUGCUUUUGGAGCAUUUGGGUCGAGUCCUGCUCAAACAAGUCUAUUUGGGAGCACAGCUCAACCAUCACAACCAGCAUUCGGAAGCAAUAUGUUUGGUAACACCUCUUCACCAUUUGGUGGAAGUCAGCCUGCAUUUGGAACUAAUACUACCCCAGCCUUUGGUUCAACAAACACCACGGCCUUUGGUUCAACAAAUACCUCAGCCUUUGGUGCCACCACCAACCCUGCUUUUGGUGGCCAAGCCACUCCAGCCUUUGGGGCCACAAGCGCUUCGCCUUUUGGUGGUACAAGUACUCCGGCCUUUGGUGCACCAAGUACUCCCACCUUUGGCUCAACACCAAGUCCUGCAUUUGGAAGCACAGGAUCUGCAUUUGGGACAACAAGUCCCAGCUUGUUUGGAACUGGGGGAGCAUUUGGGGCAACUCCAAGCACCCCGUCUUUUGGUCAAUCUAGCCCAGCUUUUGGUACUACAACAAGUGCUCCUGCUUUUGGCCAAUCAAGCACAGGUUUUGGCUUUUCAUCAAGUACUCCUGCAUUUGGCCAAUCAAGUUCAACCUUUGGUAGCACCCAAUUUGGUGCUUCAUCUCCUUUUGGAGGGCAGAGUUCUUCAUUUGGGGUUCAGUCAACAACACCAACACUUGGAAACAAUGCCUUUGGACAGUCAACUUUUGGGGCCCAACGGGGUGGAAGUAGAGCGACUCCUUACACAGGCACAUCUGAACCAGAUAGUAAUGGACUGGGGAAAUUGGAGUCAAUUUCAGCAAUGCCAGCCUAUAAAGAAAAAAGUCACGAGGAAUUGAGAUGGGAGGAUUACCAAUUAGGGGAUAAAGGUGGACCGUCUCCUGCUGCCGGGGGUGGCUUUGGCACGUCAACUGUACAGACAAAUCCUUUGAAUCCUAAUCCUGCAACACCAUUUGGUCAAACAUCUUCAAAUCCUUUCAAUAAUUCAACCUCAUCUAGUUUAUUUGCUCCAAAAACCUCAUCCUUCCCUUCUGCUGGUUUUGGUGUCACUUCAUCUUCACCAUUUAGUUCGUCUUCACCGUUUAGUUCGUCGUCACCAUUUAGUUCUUCUUCGCCGUUUAGUUCAUCAACUCAAGGCAAUUUGUUUACACCUGCAUCAUCAGCCCCAGCAUUUGGCCAAACAGCUCCAGCAUUUGGCUCUUCCCCAUCAUUUGGCCAAACAUCGUCUCCGUCACCUUUUAGUUCACCGUCAUCCUUCUCAUUCUCUACUGCGGCCACAUCAUCCACUCCCUCAUUCAAUUUCCCCACUCCUUCAAACCCGCAGACACAAUUUGGUCAAACAGGCACUGCCGCAUUUGGGCAGAAUUCAUCUCCCUUUAGUUCAAACUUGUUCAGUAAUACGUCCAGCUUGCAGAGCAGUUCAUUGGGGACUACAACUAACCAACUUGGUAAUACUCAACCAGCUCCUGCUUUUCCUAAUUUCCAGACAUCUCAGCCUUCUCAGAGUAGUCCUUUUGGCUUCAACAACACCAGCACUUUUGGUCAACAACAGCCAGGCAAUACAGGCUUUGGUGGUUUAGCAGGCAUUUCUGGUCAGAGCAACUUUGGACAAUUGUCUGUGGCUCAAGGCUAUGCAGGUGUACAACAACCAGUACCUGCUACAAAUCCAUUUGGAACACUCCCCGCGAUGCCUCAGAUGUCAAUUGGUCGUGGGGGAACUGCACCCUCGAUUCAAUAUGGAAUUUCAAGCAUGCCUGUUGUGGAUAAACCUGCUCCUGUUAGGGUGACAUCCAUCUUGACUCCUCGACACCUGUCACAACGCCGGAUCAGAUUACCUGCAAGAAAAUAUAAUCCUAAAAAUGAUAACCCAAAGGCUUUUUUUAGUGAUGAUGAAGAAACGCCCACAACACCCAAGGGUGAUGUUGUUUUCCAUCCCAGGGAAAACCCAAGAGCGCUUGUCAUUCGUCCACGAGAACAACAGUGGCCUCUAAGAGCGAGUGCUGAGAAAACAACAGCACUGAAGAAUACAACUACUCCAAUCCAUGAGAACGGAGAGAGUUCGGGAGCACCACUCUUUGUGGGAUCCAACUCUGAGGAUAAAGACGAAACUCUGCAAGAAAAUGGUGCUGUGAAGGAUCAUUUAAAUCAUGUCAAAGCUAAUCAGAAACCUAAUGGAGUACAUGAUGAUCGCGCCCUUGAGAAAGGGGACUCGUAUACAACACUAAGUGGGCACAGAGCUGGUGAGGCUGCUAUUGUAUAUGAGCAUGGUGCUGACAUUGAGGCACAAAUGCCGAAGCUCCGACGCUCUGAUUACUACACAGAGCCAAGAAUCCAAGAACUCGCGGCAAAGGAAAGGGCAGAGCCAGGGUUCUGCCGUCGUGUGAAGGACUUUGUGGUUGGGCGACAUGGUUAUGGUAGCAUAAAGUUCUUGGGGGAGACAGAUGUAAGGCGCCUUGAUCUUGAGGCUCUGGUGCAGUUCAACAAUAAGGAGGUAAUUGUGUACCGUGAUGAGAACAAGAAACCUCCUGUUGGGCAAGGCCUUAAUAAACCUGCUGUGGUUACACUUCUCAACAUUAAAUGCAUUGAGAAGAAGACUGGCACUCAGUAUACAGAAGGACCAAAAGUUGAGAAAUACAAGGAGAUGCUGAAGAAGAAGGCUGAGGAACAAGGUGCCAAGUUUGUCUCCUACGACCCUAAGAAGGAAGAGUGGACGUUCAUGGUCGACCACUUCAGUGAGUACAAUCUGAAAGACGAAGACGACUGGGAUGUGGAUGCUGCCCCAGAUUGCUGACAGGAUGUUGAGUCGGGUUUGCGGAAAUGUCGUUUGUUUCUGGCCAAGGGUUGAUGGUGAUUGAUUUUCGAUUUGUAUAGAAUUUAGGCUUGUGGUAUAGUUGCGCUCAAGCCUUGGUCAGCCUGUGUGGUUUAGUAUUUUUCAUUUAUUUUUUGUUCACCCUCAGACUGGUCGCCUGAGUGGGCAAAACUCCGGUAACUAGGUCAGCCUCAAAUUACUCGUUCAUGUGAAAAGUAAAUUCUAGAGUUUAUAAAUGUGGUUGAUUGGUUUUUUGUUGUUGUUGUUGUAAAUGUGUUUGAUUGUGGAAAUGUCAAUGGAAAUGUCUUUCUGUCGUUUGAA